AUGGGUCUUCAUGCCCGCCGCCGCGACUCGGCUCCUGGCCCCUUUCCGCCGUUGUCUCCCACCAUCUUUAUCCCUCCUCCGUCUCUCACCCAACAAGAUCCUGCGCUGGAUCCUUUUCCUCCCUCCAUCUUCGAGAAUCGCCACCCCGGAAAAGCUCAUAGCCGACGUGAGUCCCUUCCUGGUCCCGCCUGCCUCCCGCUCUCACCGCCGUCCACCUCCUCCCACUGCCGCCGUGACUCCUACCCUGGACCCUUCCCUUCCCCUUCCUUCCAGGAAUCUGACUCCGGCCUCCUUCCUUCCACUUCAUCAUCCUCCCUCAACCACUAUUAUCAUCAUGACCCUUAUUCUCAUACUAGCAAACGCAGGUUGUGUCUCUACGACCGGAGCAGCGACCUCGCAUGGCCGUUUCAGGAGUUGGAGGGUCUGGACCACGAUGACAUAAGGGAAACAGCGUAUGAAGUCCUCUUCACAGCGUGCCGAUCCUCGCCAGGGUUUGGUGGCCGGAGCGCGAUCACAUUUUACUCGAAGCAUGAUGGGAAUAGUGGUGGGAAGAGUCCGGGGGUGACGCAGACAAGUAAGUUGAAGCUAGCGCUUGGGCUGAAGAUGAUGAGAAGCUCCUUGUCCCAAAGGGUGAUGACAUCCGCGACGGCGUCGACCCCGGCAUCGCCGGUGACGGAGCGGAGUCCACGGUCACGCUCUGUGCCGCGACGGGCGAUGACCAUGGCGGAAGUCAUGAGGCUACAGAUGGGGGUGUCCGAGCAGAGUGAUAGCCGACUGAGGAAAACACUUGUGAGGACGCUUGUUGGUCAACUUGGGCGGCAAGCAGAAACUAUCAUUCUCCCAUUGGAACUUCUUCGCCACUUAAAACCUUCAGAAUUCAGUGAUUUCCAUGAGUACCAUUUGUGGCAGAAGAGGCAGCUAAAACUCCUUGAAGCUGGUCUCCUCGCUCACCCUGCAAUUCCCAUAGAAAAGAACAACACAUAUGCCAUGAACCUUAAAGACAUUAUCCGUAGUGCUGAAUUCAAACCCUUAGACACUUGCAAAAACUCAGACACCAUGAGAACCUUCACCAAUUCUGUGGUUUCCUUAUCAAUGAGAACUCCUAAUGACAAUCCUACCAAUGUUUGCCACUGGGCUAAUGGAUACCCUGUGAACGUUCACCUCUACAUUUCCCUUCUCCAAUCCAUCUUUGAUCAAACGGAGGAGACAGCAGUGCUUGAUGAGGUGGAAGAGCAACUUGAUCUGAUAAAGAAAACUUGGUCAACAUUGGGAAUAAAUAAGCCAAUUCACAAUGUUUGCUUUGCAUGGGUCAUGUUUCAACAAUAUGUGGAAACUGGGCAGACAGAACCUGAUCUUCUUUGUGCCACACAUGCUACAUUGAGUGAGGUGUCAAAUGAUACUAAGAAAGAAAAAGAGUCCUUGUAUAUUGACAUAUUAACAUCUAUGCUCAGUUCACUCAAGGAAUGGACAGAUAAGAGAUUUCUUAACUACCAUGACCAUUUUCAAGAAGGUAAUAUCGGACAAAUCGAAAAUCUUCUUCCUGUGGUGAGGUUAGCAACCAAGAUUUUGAGAGAUGUCAAUGUUUCUGAUGAAGAAAUGCAAGAUAGAGGAGAUAAAACUACAAAGGAUGCCUCCGAGGACCAGAUUGAUGAUUAUAUUCGUUCAUCCGUGAAAAAUGCUUUUGAAAAGAUGAUGGAAGCAGCAAAUAAUAAAUCUGCUGAAUCUGAAGCAAAGGUAGGAAUAAGUGAGAUUAUGCUUCGAAUGGCUCAGGAGACUGAAAAUUUAGCAAAGAAGGAGAAACAAAGUUAUAGUCUAGUAUUGAAGAAAUGGCAUUCAAUAGCAGCUGCAGUAGCAGCAAUGACUCUAAACAAUUGCUACGGACAUGUGCUAAAGCAAUAUUUAAGUGAAAUGACCACAUCAGAAACAGUUGAGGUUAUUUUAGUACUGCGUAGAGCUAAAGUUCUAGAAGACGUUUUGGUUCAAAUGGUUGUUGAAGACUCAGUUGAUUGUGAGGAUGGAGGCAAAACAGUAGUGAGAGAGAUGGUUCCUUUUGAAGUUGAGUCAACCACACUGACCCUGAUUAGAAAAUGGAUGGAUGAAUCACUACUCAAAGUGAGAGAUUGCUUUCAGAAAGCAAAAGAAAAUGAAGCAUGGAAUCCAAAGUCUAAAUCAGAGCCGUAUGCAAAAUCAGUAGUAGAGUUGAUGAAUUUGUCCAAGAAAUUUGUGCAAGAAUUCUUUCAAAUUCCAAUAUCAAUAACUGAAGAUUUAGUUCAAGAACUUGUUGAUGGAUUACAAAAAGUCUUGAGAGAAUACAUAAUGUUUGUUGCAGCAUGUGGUUUGAAAGAGAACUACAUUCCCUCGCUUCCUCCAUUGACAAGGUGCAAUAGGAACUCAAAGUUCCACAAGCUGUGGAAGAUAGCUAGCCCAUGCAGUGUUAGUUGUGAAGAUCCAAACAUAUAUUCUAUAUAUGAAGCCAAGCAUCCUCACUCAUGCACUAGCCGUGGAACACAACGCCUCUACAUUCGUCUCAACUCCUUGCACUAUAUCCUUUCUCAUAUUCCUCAACUUGACAAAUCACUCUCCUUGUCAGAAGGAGUAGUUCCUUCAAAUCGCCACAGUUCUGCAAAUAGUCAGAAAGCUCAAAGUAAGAGCGUUUCAUACUUUGAAGCAACCAACACUGCCAUCCUAGCAGCAUGCCAGCAUGUCUCAGAAGUUGCUUCCUACCGGCUCAUGUUCUUUGACUCAAACCCUUUCUUCUACGAUAGCCUCUAUGUUGGGGAUGUAGCCAACGCUAGGAUCGACAAAAUGUUGACAAUCCUCAAGCAUAACAUCAAACUAAUGACAGCAAUUCUAACAGAAAGAGCUCAAGAACUGGCAGUGAAGCAAGUUAUGAAGGCUUCCUUUGAUGCAUUCCUAACAGUUUUACUAGCUGGUGGAACCACCAGGGUGUUCAAUGAAUCUGAUCACCAGUUUAUACAAGAGGAUUUUGAAAGUUUGAAGAAGGUGUUCCACAUUUGUGGAGAAGAAUUGUUAGCAGAAAAUAUGGUGGAAAAAGAGGCUGAGGUUGUGGAGGGUGUAAUAGAACUAAUGGGAAUGAGUACUGAACAAUUGGUGGAAAACUUAAGUACCUUAACCGGUGAAUCAGGUGGAGUAGGAGUCAAUGGAAAUGGCCAAAAGUUGUCAAUGCCUCCAACUACAGGAAAGUGGAAUAGAACAGACCCCAACACAAUAUUAAGGGUAUUGUGCUAUAGAAAUGAUCGAGUUGCAAAUAGUUUCCUGAAAAGGACGUUCCAAAUAGCAAGGAGGAGAUGA